CUCCUUCACCAAGCAGUUGAUCGAGUAGGACUCAGUGUUUUCACCCCAAGGGAUAUCCUAGAUGUAGUCUCCUGGGCGGCACAGAAGACCACCAUCAUGGAGAACCAUACUGCAUUCAAUGAGCUGGGAGACAGACACAGGCACUGCGAUGCCAGUGAGUGCCUUUUUCCAGGAGGCAGGCAGGAGGCAGAGGAGGAGGGGCCCUGGGAACUGCUCCUGUGCUCCUCCUGUGCUGCCGAGGGCACCCCCAGGCACUGCUCUGGCCUGAGGGACAUCAUAACCAGCUGGGAAUGUGAUGGCUGUGCUGGCCUGGGCACAGCAUCCAGUUAAGACCCAGAGCUUUUGCUCUCAUGAAGGACUCUUCUGACAACUUCAAGGAAUACGAGACCAUCACCCUCAGUACAAGCAAACUCCAUACAAACUGACAGGCAAAUCCCUCUCACAAAAGACGAGCAGCUCCAGCCCUGACAGUCAGCAGAUCCUGAAGUCACCGUGACAGGAGCCGUGUUAGAGCACCAGUGCUGGGAGCUCCACUCACCAGUGGGACGGUGAGAUAGGUACCCACUGCUGACACGUCCCACGUCAGACAGGGAGAAGGAGCCCCCCGAAGGGAGGGAGCCAGCAUGCCAGCUGUGUGGACGAUCAGAGGCUGACCCAGAUGUGUGGAGAAAAAAUCCAGAUAAAUGGGCUCUGUUUCCACGAGUUCUGCCGGGUGAGUUGCUUCAUGUUUUGACAGGCAGUCCCUGCCACUCUCUCCUCAUCAGUACGUGUUGUUUUUUCUACAGGUUUUUGCCAGCCACCUUCAUCUGCACAAUGAUGAUCAAGUAGGAUUCCAGGGCUUUCUCCCAAGGGAUAUCCAAGAUGUAGUCUCCCGGGAAGCACAGAAGAGCUGCUGCAUCUGUGGCCAGAGUGGGGCCACCAUCUCCUGCUGUGAAACAGAUUGUGACCUGAGCUUCCACCUGCCCUGUGCCAAGCAGGGAGGCUGUGUCACCCAGUUCAUUCCACCGUACAGCUCCUACUGCCCUGCACACAGCCCACAGCAGGCAGUGGAGGCGACUCCAGAGCCGGGCACCGAAUGCCUCAUCUGCAUGGAGCCUGUGGAGGACAGAAAGACCUUCAACACCAUGGUGUGCCCAGCCUGUAAAACCACGUGGUUCCACAGGGACUGCAUCCAAGGACAGGCUCUGCGCUCUGGAUUUUCCUCCUUCCAGUGCCCCAUCUGCAGAAACAGGCCGGCAUUUCUCGGGGAGAUGUUCACCAUGGGGAUCCGAAUCCCCUUCAGACCACCAACUUGGGAGGAGAAUGAUGCGUUCGCCGAGCUGUUAGACAGACACAGGCGCUGUGAUGCCAGUGAGUGCUUUUAUCCAAGAGGCAGGCAGGAGGCAGAGGAGGAGGGGCCCUGGGAACUGCUCCUGUGCUCCUCCUGUGCUGCCGAGGGCACUCACAGAUACUGCUCUGGUGUGCGGAACACCAUAACCGGCUGGGAAUGUGACAACUGUGCUCGCCAGAGCAGCCGCAGACGCCGUGGCACGACAGUCUGCGCGGACAACUGUGAUUGUGACAGCUGUGCUGAGCGCUUCACAUCCUCCAGUGAAUUCUCAAUCCUUGCUAGACUCAUGGAGGAGUCUCCUGCUGUGUCAACAGAAGACGAGACCAUCAACCCCAGCACCAGCCAACAGGCAGCAUCAGAGCAGUCUGUGCAAUCUCCCUCAGAGGAGACGAGCAGCCCCAGCCUCUAUAGUCGGGUAACAUCAAGGCCAUCCCACAGCAACAUCCCAGAAACUGAGGACAGCAGCUGCUCUCGCAGUCGGAGGCCUGACCGCCGGCAAAACCGCACCCGCCGGCAAAGUCGGCCCCAAAAUCCACAACAUCGGUCCAGAAGUCCCCUGGACAGGAGCCAUGUGCCGGAACCAACUGCUGCGAGGUGCAGGCCCAGGGAGAGACAAUCAGGGCCAUCCUGCAGGCGAAGACGCUCCCGCCGGCAAAGUCGUCCCCAAAAUCCACACCUUCGGUACCCGAGUCCCUAUGACAGGAGAUGUUCACCACACCUCCGGUCCCCGAGUCCCCAUGACAGGAUUUGUUUGCCACCACCACCGAGUCCUCGGAGGCGCAGCCACAGCGAGGAGGCUUCAGAGACAUCCAGCAACCGAAACCGCUCCCGCCAGCAACGUCGGCCCCAAAAUCCACACCUUCGGUCCAGAAGUCGACGUCACGGGAGCCAUGUGAGAACACCAAGGGCUGGGAGCUGCACCGCCACCCAGGAAGCAUCAGAGACAUCCCGCAGCCGAAACCGCUCCCGCCAGCAACGUCGGCCGCAAAAUCCACGCCUUCGGUCCAGAAGUCGCCGUGACAGGAGCCAUGUCCCAACACCAAGUACUGGGAGGCGCAGGCCCAGCCAGGAAGAAUCGGGGACAUCCCGCAGGCGAAAUAGCUCCCGCCGCCAAAGUCGGACCUCAAAUACAUCUGGUCGGUCCAGAAGUCCCCUUGACAGGAACUGCACGCCAGCACCGAGUGCUGGCAGGCGAAACUCAAGGGAGACACCUGCCAGGACUUCCCAAAGACAACAGCACUCCCGCCAGCAGCGUCGGACCUCAGAUUCAUCCAGCAGAUCCAGAAGUCGCCGUGAUGGGAGGCGUGAUAGAGCACCCAGUGCUGGGAGCCCCGCUCACCGCUCAGACGGUGAGACAGGGACUCCCCACUGAUGCGUUACAUGUCAGAGAGGAAGGAGGAGGCCCCCGAAGGGAGGGAGCCAGCAUGCCUGCUGUGUGGACGGUCAGAGGCUGACCCGGACAUCUGCGGGGAAAAUCUCCAGAUAAAUGGGCUCUGUGCCGACGAGUUCUGCCUGUUUUUUGCCAGCCACCUUCCUCUGCACAAUGAUGAUCCAGUAGGAUUCCAGGGCUUUCUCCCAAGGGAUAUCCUAGAUGUAGUCUCCCGGGAAGCACAGAAGACCACCAUCAUGGAGAACCAUACUGCAUUCAAUGAGCUGGGAGACAGACACAGGCACUGCGAUGCCAGUGAGUGCCUUUUUCCAGGAGGCAGGCAGGAGGCAGAGGAGGAGGGGCCCUGGGAACUGCUCCUGUGCUCCUGUGCUGCUGAGGUC